AUGACACUAAACUCCACCACCAGUAACCAAACCACUGUUGAUUUCAAAGCUGUAUCUAACAACGUUAUUGCCGUUGAAUUUGACACCUACCCUAAUGACAAUGUUGGUGAUCCAAGAUACAAACACAUUGGAAUCGAUGUCAACUCUAUCAGAAGACUAUCUGUUACUAUUUUUUAUCCUGGGAGUAAAGCUGUGGCUCUCUCCCAUGACGUUGAGCUCACUACAGUGCUUCCUCAAUGGAUUAGAGUAGGGUUCUCUGCUUCAACAGGAUUAGAGAAACAAAGAAAUACCCUUCUGUCAUGGUCUUUCUCUUCAAGCUUGAAGAACAAUGCGGUGGAGGAGGAUAAAGAAGACAUGAAUAUUGCAAGCGUUGUGUGA